GCUGCUCUGAGCACCAUAAAGACAGCCGCAUCUCUCCAAACUUCAGAAGACGCAUUGCCCCAUACUGAGACUCACAUAGAUCUCCAGCGUUCAUUAUUGGAAUAAUACUAAUUUUAAAGUGUUUAUUUACAAAAAAUAACAUAGAAUAAAUAAAUAAUAAUAAUACAAAAAUCUGUCUUUGAAAAGCCAGAGCAUGAAGUUCCACUGCGUUUCUCUUGUCAUUUGUGCUGUACUUAUUGGAGAGGUUUGCUCAUCUCAGAUCAAGCUGUCUCGUCUGGAUCGAUGGGCGAGAACUGGAUUUCACUACCUGAAGCUGAACCUGUGCCGGAGGGUCUCACUGCCGGAGAGCGAGUGCAAGAAACUGGCUCACCUCCACCUGAGUGGGGUGGCGGUGUACGUUUCUGAGUCCAGCACGGGAAAAGUGCUCGCGAUCCUACCUGAUUCAUACUCCACAGGAGCCCCAAGUUCAAAGCAGAAGGGUUAUUCUGUGGACGAUGCGAGCAGGACAAAUGAAGAAUUCUAUCCCGGAGCGAGUGCGCACGACGCGGUGCUGCUUCUGGACCCCAGUCUCGGAGAAAGCUUCGGACACCCGGUGGUCAUGUUCUAUGUGGACUUCAACAUAACCGAAAAGAAAUGUUCUCAUAUGGAUGGCAUUUAUCUUGGGGAGGAGUGCUUGACGAUUGCUGUCAAAACACGCUGUCAAAACCAGCUGAAGCGGAGACGGAGUCGAAGUGACCGUAUGGCGAGCCGGGCAAAGGGUACGGUGGGCAAAACUGUUCACGUAGAGCAAAGCAGCGGCCUCUGUGAGAUUCAUUUUCUCCCUUUGGUGGUCGGAGUGAAGGACAGCAACCGAACCCAACGCCUACGCUGUGUGGAUCACCCAGACUUUGCUAGGUGCCCGCAGCCUUUGCCCAUGACCAGCCCCAGCGUGCCUAUCUCCAGCUGUGAGCUCAACACAAACACCCACCGAUGCCAACAGCAACGCCUGGCCACACACCUGUCCUGUCGUCUCUACCAGACCUGUGAUCAUGCCGUUCUCUUGUCAGGUGGCUGGCAGGAGCAGAUAACAUACCAGCGCCAUGUACAGAACCUGCAACUCUUCUACCAGAUGCUGAGGAACAACGGUUUCCAUAAGGAACACAUAAAGACAUUCUUUGCUGGGAAUGGACAGGUGGCAGCUACAGACACAGAGGGGAUGUAUCCAGCCACAGAUAAAGAGGUGAUCAGGAAUCACAUUUCCUACAUCUGCCGAAAGCAGCACUGUGCAGAUUCUCUGGUUCUGUACCUGAACAGCCCCACACGCAAUGAUGGAACCAUGCUGCUCUGGGACCGCAAUAACAAUGGCAUUGCUGAUCUGAAGGAGCGUUACUCUGUGAGGGAACUGUUGGCAGAUCUGGCAGGGUGCAUGGCCAGUCGAGUGGUGCUGUUUGUGGAGCAGAGCUAUAGUGGGGCCCUCAGUAGGAGACUGAUGAGAUCUCUCAAAGACGUCAAUGUUGUGCUGCUGAAUGGGCUGCCCUGGGUGAAGACAGCUGAGUUUUGGGCCUCUUUACACCCAUCCCAGUGCCUGAUAGACUAUCUCAGUAAGCAGAGUUCUGUGAUACCUCGAUUGGGUGAUGCCACUCUGGGCCUCCUGAACGUCACUCUUGCAGGUGCUCCGUGUAACUCUACCCCACCCCUCACCGAGGCUGAGAUGAGGAAGGAAUACAUGGGCUGCCAGAACCUGCCCACAGCCCUGUGGUACCAAAAACGGCCCAAGUCUGACAACAACAGGAAUUAA